AGCAGAGGGAAUACAGCGACAUCAUGCAGAUAAGCUUCUUCCCCUACUUUAUAAAUGAAGAUUCAUACUGUACGAUUCAACUACCCUUAUAUUUCAGACUCGUGAACUUGAGAAAAGGCUGGCAUAUUUGCUAUAAGCCAUGUAUACCUGGCUUGAUGUUGAAUAAUGUGCAAUAUGUAUAAUUACUGUGUAAUAUGCUACCGCAACAUUUCCCCCACAUUUUUUCUCUGAGGAACCUCCCUUUGGACCCAUGGGAAUUAAGAUAUCGUUGUCAGGAUAGUCCAAUGAUAUAACGUGUGACUGAGGAUUAUUAAAAAGGGCGACAGUCUUUGUUCAUCAAAACAAUGUUGUUACUGACAGACGUUUGGUUAUAUGCUGUAUUUUACAAACGCUAUUUAGACGCGAUGGGGAAGAGGUGACGUAAGCUAGGGAGCUGCAGGAAUGUCCGCGCAUGCGCAGAACUAAUGACGCUGGCUGGAACCGUUGCCUGGAAUUCAGACGCCAUGUGAACGCCAUCUUGGCUCUAACGCUAGUAAAACAUUAAAUAUGGAUCAGUUCAGGGGAUGCCAUUUUGGCUCAUCAGCUUCCUGGCGGACAGAUUUGUGGAACUCGGAGGGACCAGCAUCCGACUAGCGGUGGAUGUAACGUUCUGGGUGUUGGAUACAAUUUCAGCGCUCACAAGGCGUACCCGACGGCGUUGUCAUUGACAUGAACGUGGAGAUCUUCCAUCCGAGUUCGACAAGGCUGGAUUAUCUAUACAUAAGAGACGGUAUGGUGGGUUAAGCCGUCUGAGGUACUAGGCGUACACGGCGCAAUCAACACAGGAGCCAACCGGCCAUUCUGGCGUCAGCUAGCCCAAUAACCCAGAAAGUCAGACGUUUUCGAUAACACUACUAGCGUGAGGUGAAGCUUUGCUCCUCGGUAUGGACUGGAAGACUUCGCAGAUGCCAAAUACUUUGCAUUAAUAAUGCCGACCCGAAUCUUGCAAUUGUUUGCCCGCAAAGGAGAAAAAUCUCCACCCCCUGCGGUCUGGUCUGCGGUUACUGUUCAGUUAGCCCACUAGCGAGCUAGCAAGCCCGCUCGCCGGGAUAUAAGCACCAGAGAAGGUGGGGCGGUCGAACUUGGACUCUUAAGUGACCGCUGCACUUGUUUUCAUCGUAAUUGAGACGUACACAUUUCCAGGUGUCAACGAUCUGUCAUACAACGAGCCCGUGGACACCCUUAACCGUAUCUCUGCAGAGAGCAUCCUCCUUUACCUUUAAACCAUGGCGGACGACGACGUGCUUUUCGAGGAUGUCUACGAACUGUGUGAAGUGAUUGGCAAGGGACCCUUCAGCGUGGUGAGGCGCUGCAUCAACAGGGACACAGGCCAGCAGUUUGCUGUAAAGAUUGUCGAUGUGGCCAGUUUCACCUCCAGCCCUGGCCUCAGCACUGAAGAUCUGAAGCGGGAAGCCAGCAUCUGUCACAUGCUGAAACAUGCUCACAUCGUGGAGCUGCUGGAGACGUACAGCUCUGAUGGCAUGCUGUACAUGGUCUUUGAAUUUAUGGAUGGAGCUGACCUCUGUUUUGAAAUUGUGAAGAGAGCCGAUGCUGGGUUUGUUUACAGUGAGGCUGUGGCCAGCCACUACAUGCGGCAGAUUUUGGAGGCACUUCGCUACUGUCAUGACAACAACGUGAUUCACCGUGACGUCAAGCCUCACUGUGUGCUGCUAGCUUCCAAGGAGAAUUCUGCUCCAGUCAAGCUAGGAGGAUUUGGGGUGGCAAUACAGCUUGGAGAGUCCGGCCUGGUUGCUGGAGGUCGUGUUGGCACUCCCCACUUCAUGGCUCCAGAAGUUGUCAAGAGAGAGCCAUAUGGCAAACCAGUGGACGUGUGGGGUUGUGGGGUUAUCCUCUUCAUCCUUCUGUCUGGCUGCCUGCCUUUCUACGGCACAAAGGAUCGCCUUUUUGAGGCCAUCAUUAAGGGCAAAUACAAGAUGAACCCACGUCAAUGGGCCCACAUCUCAGAGAGUGCCAAAGACCUGGUGAGGCGUAUGUUGAUGCUAGACCCUGCAGAGAGGAUCACUGUUUACGAGGCUCUCAACCAUCCUUGGCUGAAGGAAAGGGACAGGUACGCCUACAAGAUCCACCUGCCUGAAACAGUGGAACAGCUGAGAAAAUUCAACGCAAGGAGGAAGCUCAAGGGUGCAGUGCUGGCUGCUGUAUCAAGUCACAAGUUUAAUUCCUACUACGGAGACCCUCCUGAGGAGCUACAUGACUUUUCAGAAGACCCAACCUCCUCAGGACUGCUCGCUGCAGAAAGGGCAGUAUCGCAGGUUUUGGAUAGUCUUGAAGAGAUUCAUGCUUUGACGGACUGUAGCGAGAAAGAUAUGGACUUUCUCCACAGUGUAUUCCAGGAUCAGCAUCUCCACACCCUGUUAGAUCUGUAUGACAAAAUCAACACCAGGUCAUCUCCGCAGAUUCGAAAUCCUUCCAGUGAUGGAGUUCAGCGAGCCAAAGAAGUAGGCUCUCAAAUAAUGAAGUGUGUCUUUGUAUCAGCGCUAUUAAUCACGGCUUUAUCAUUUCCUCUGCAGGUACUGGAAACAAUCUCCUGUUAUCCAGACAACGCAGAGGCGAAGGAGCUGAGGAGGAUCCUAACACAGCCACACUUCAUGGCCCUGCUACAGACCCACGAUGUGGUGGCCCAUGAAGUAUACAGCGACGAGGCGCUGAGAGUGACCCCGCCGCCGACUUCCCCUUACCUGAACGGAGACUCGCCAGACAGCACCAACGGAGAAAUGGACCUUGAGAACGUUACCAGAGUUCGCCUGGUGCAGUUCCAGAAGAACACAGACGAGGCCAUGGGCAUUACUCUUAAAAUGAACGAGCUCAACCACUGCAUCGUAGCCAGAAUCAUGCACGGUGGAAUGAUUCAUCGACAAGGGACUUUACAUGUCGGCGAUGAAAUCAGGGAGAUUAAUGGUAUCAGUGUUGCCAAUCAAACUGUAGAACAGCUCCAAAAAAUGCUGAGAGAGAUGAGGGGAAGCAUCACGUUCAAGAUUGUACCAAGUUACAGGUCCCAGUCCAAGUCUUGUGAGAAGGAGUCACCAGAUUUAUCUCAACAUUCGGCUGCGAAUGGUCAUGCAAGCGUCACCAGUUCCAUCCUGGAUCUACCAGCAACAAUUCAGCCCAAAGGUCGUCAGAUCUCCAGACCUGCUAUCAAGGACAAAUUGUCCAUCAAGAUCUAUGUCCGUGCUCAGUUUGAGUACGACCCGGCAAAAGAUGACCUCAUACCUUGUAAAGAAGCAGGCAUACGCUUCAGGGUGGGUGACAUCAUUCAGAUUAUCUCCAAGGAUGACCACAACUGGUGGCAGGGGAAGCUAGAAAAUACUAAGAAUGGUACAGCAGGCCUCAUCCCUUCACCAGAGUUGCAGGAGUGGCGUGUGGCAUGUAUAGCAAUGGAGAAGACCAAACAGGAGCAGCAGGCCAGUUGCACAUGGUUUGGCAAAAAGAAGAAACAAUAUAAAGACAAGUACCUGGCCAAGCACAACGCAGUGUUUGACCAACUAGAUCUGGUCACAUAUGAAGAAGUGGUGAAACUGCCCUCGUUCAAGAGGAAAACGCUGGUUUUGCUCGGGGCACAUGGCGUUGGCAGGAGGCAUAUCAAGAACACGCUUAUCACUAAACACCCCGACCGCUUCGCCUACCCCAUCCCUCACACGACUCGGCCUCCGAAGAAGGAUGAGGAAAAUGGAAAGAACUAUUACUUUGUGUCUCACGACCAGAUGAUGCAGGACAUCAGCAACAAUGACUACUUGGAGUAUGGCAGCCACGAGGAUGCCAUGUACGGAACCAGGCUGGAGACGAUCAGGCAGAUCCACGCUCAGGGCAUGAUCUCCAUUCUAGACGUUGAGCCACAGGCGCUAAAGAUCCUUAGGACAGCUGAGUUUGCUCCCUUUGUCGUCUUCAUCGCGGCUCCCACUGUAACUCCAGGCAUGACUGAGGACGACUCCCUGCAGCGGCUCCAGCAAGAGUCGGAGAUGCUGCAGCAGACGUAUGCUCACUACUUUGACCAGACCAUCAUUAACAACGAGAUAGAUGACACGUUGCGUCUGCUGGAGGAGUCUGUGGAGCUGGCGUGCAACACCCCUCAGUGGGUCCCAGUGUCCUGGGUGUACUGACACACUAAGGAGAGGAGCUCAGCUCACAGCUCCUCCCAAAUAGAAGGUGGAAUCUCCUGGAAUGUCGUAUGAUCAGAAUCCUGUGUUUAUGUCAAUGAAGUGUUGCUAUAAGAAGACAAGACGUAACUGUGCCACUUCAUGAAGGGUCCUUUUAUCUUUCAACGGUCUUGCAGGCCUUAAUGUGUACAUAUAUACAUAUCUAUCUGCAAUGAUAUAAAAGAUAAAACAAGUUAAGUGAAUACAGUUCUGUCUUACAUAGUUGAAGGCUAGGCGGGGGUGUGUUCUAUAUUUUGUACCUUUUUGUUUUCUAAGCAAUGGAUGACUGCUAACACUCACAAGGCGACAGCAAGCAUGACCUGAAGCAGGUGGAACCGCAUCCAAACCAGCUGAACUUUGAAGCACAUUUGAAGCUGCCACAGUGGGCACAAGUGGCUGGACUCCAAAAAAGCAACAAAAAGCACAUGAAACUUGGCAGUUUCGUUCUCCCACCUUAUUAUUUAUUCAAGCAUUUUGUUCAAAGGAGCACGGUUUGUCAACACCCACGUCCUUCCCCCAACCUACGAUUGUCUUUGUUUACAUCAGAAUUUGCACAAAAAGGACUAUGGAGAACAUGCGUACAGCAUCUCGUUGGCUCAUAGUUUUGGGUUUGUGUGCCAGUACCCCUCUCCUCACAUGGGGCACCGACUGUUCUCCCAAAGAGAACAUAAACUGCCUUAGUGAGGCAUGGGGAAGACGUCAGUAACAUCUAUGCACACCCCAGUCUCUCUUGGGCAGACCGUCACGGCCAUUGUUUUCCACUACAGUACGACUACUGCUACUCACCACACUAGUACUCCUAGUUGAGGAGCCAAGCCUGUGUAGUUGAAGAGAGUAGGACUUCAUGUAGGUUGGACCUGUCCAAUGUCCGAGCAGAUUUUUUUUUUUGGUACUUAACGCUCGUGUUAAAACAAAUGACAAGUAUUCUUGUUCGGAGGGUGAGUUACAAAACAAAAACAAAAAAAAAAACAUUUUGUGUGUAAAUGUUUCAAUUGUGUGUAUGUCAAAUUUGAGUGAACUACUAAGAGCCAGUGUUUAAUAGUGUUGAAAAAGAUGCUCGGUGUGUAAAACAAUGUUGGCGCUUUACCAGAAGUAGCACAAUGCUGCCUGUCAUCACAAUUUUUUUGUUUUAAGAGUGUGGUUGGUUUUCUGUGCCUCUUCAUGUAAAGUGUUCUCAUAUCAAGUUGUGUAUAAAUGACUUCUGUAAAUGUCCAAAACAGCUUGUGUAUUACAUGUCGGUUUUUGUUUUGUUAUUCCAUUUUGUAAAGGAAAAUAUAUAUAUAUCUUG